GAUCUGCUGCUGCUCGUGCCAACCCAAUCCCCUCACACACACUGAGGGGAAAAACAUACACAUACACUCCCUUUCUCUCGAGCAAUUGUCUAUUACUACCAUUAGUGCCACUACCAUUACCUGCCAGUGCCUUCAUCUGUGCAAGGCAGCUAGUAAGACUCCCUCAGUGCGGCACCCAACGAAUGGGAAUUGAGACUUGCCUCCGAUCGUUUAUUCCUGUGCUAUACCAGAUGUUCCUUAGAAAAUAAAUGGAACCAGAGUAGUGACGCUAUUUGACCUGUGACUUUAUGGCUUAAAUAUUUAAAGUGACGCGUAAGAUCUCAGUGGCAUAAUACCAGACACACGAUUUGUCAACGUAUACAAGAAUAGAUAAAUGCCAGCAUUGUGAAGAGUGGUGUAAGCAAGGAGUGCACAAGGACACCCACCACACUAACAUAACACAACGUCAGGCUCGGCUAUGUGGCCUUCACACAUUGCCCGGCCCCUCAAGCGGGCUCCCAUCAAAAGAUCGGCUGAAGACGGUGAAGAUUUUAACCGUCGAGGAAUGGAUGACCUUCGUGGACGCCACCAGGCAUUCAGGAUGCCCGCCUGGGUACCUGAGGAUGAGGACAUGAGUGACUUGGCAGCACGUAUGUCCCACACACCACACUUUGCUACCGUGGGCCGCCGUGGUGGCCCAUGGCGAGAGAGGCGCAGUUCAGGAGGCUCUGCCAUGAGCGCCACCUCUGAGGACGACUCCUACGACACUGCCGCCACAGACAAGUCGUCACAGUGCUCUGGUGGGUCGUCAGAUGCCCCCAGCCAUGAGAUACCCAUUCGUAUAGAGGCCCCAGCGCCACCAACUUCCGCACAACAGGAAAAUGAACCUGUGGCGCCACUCUCAUCGAGAGUAGCGGGCCUUAGGAAGAGCACACAGUACCCAGUUCGCACCACCUCUGCUGUGGACGCCAGCGACCACUCAGAGGAGGUUCCAAGGACGACUCGAUGCGCGUCUGCGCCCCCAGAGAUGGCAGAACAGCCCCUGCCACAGGAUCCUCAGACUCCACUAACCCAACAGAGGUUUGUUUCAAAGAUCAGCAUAACGCCACAGGCGCCACAGUGCCCCGGCUCGCCACACUCCAAAGCAACACCGGUUUCUCCACUCCCACACAAGUUCAAUACUGUGCCCAAACCCUUUGUGCCUGCAAACAAACAGCAGCAAGAGACUCAGCAUCAGCAACAACCUCAGCAGUUUUCUGAGGAGCAACAGCAACAACAGAUGCCAGACUCUCAGUGGCAAUAUCAACAACCUCAACAUCAGUAUCAGCAAUACCCACAGCAGAAUCAAGAGCCACAACAGCACACAUAUCAGCAGCAGCAACAGCCACCGCCGCCACCACCACCUCAGCAGCCUACCAGGCAGGGGAACCAGAGACCAAGUGUUGUCCGCAACAUUCCUAUCUUCGUGGAGGGACGCGAUGGACCCCUAGUUAACGAAGAGACUAGUAACCAACCAAAGCCUUCUACCCAGUGGGGACAACCUUGGCAGCAACAACAGCAGUACCAGGCACAGCAGCAGCAGCAGCAUUAUCAACCACAGCAGCAACAUUAUCAGCAACAGCAGCAACAUUAUCAGCCACAACAGCAACAUCACCAACAGUAUCAGUCACAUCAGCAACAGCCACAACAGCAACAGGCACAUCAGCAGCAGAGGCAACAGAAGCCUAUGUUCAAACCACAUCCUCAGACACAGCAAGCACCCCCUGAACCUAUUCCACAGCCUGUGCCUAUGCCAAUGCCUGAGCAUAUGUCUCAGCAACAGCCACAACCUCAACCUCAAGACCAGACAGAUUCAGGGCCUCAGAGCAAAACACAGCCCCUUGCCAAGGACUCUCGCUUGGCGCAGAUCGAAGCUGUGCGAGCGUCGGUGGAAGAAUACAGAGAAAAAGUUAAUGCCUUCGAAGGAACCAAGAAAAACAGAGAGUUCCUUUACUUGGAUGAAAUGCUGACGCGCGCGUUGCUGCAGCUAGACAACAUCGACCCUGAUGGCUGUGAUGACGUACGACAGGCGCGAAGAGCAGCCAUUAAGGAUAUUAACGCUGCUAUAUCCGCGCUAGAAACCAAAGCUAGUGAACCGCAAGUUGCAGUCAAGAGUCAGGAACCUGUUGCAGAGUCAAUGGAAACCGAUACAAAUCAGGGACAGCCAAUAUCAGCCACUAACGAACACCCGCCUACGGACGACGUUGCCCAACAAGUGUCAGACACCAGUGGCAUUCAGGAGAAUGUGCAGCAGCAACAUGAACAGCAACAGCAACCCGUGGAGCCCACCACAGACGGUGCCAGUACUCAAGUGGCCACUGCAGCUGAAGAAGUGGACAAGAAGCUGGAACAAUCAGCUUCGAUGGAGAAGAUGGAGACGGAGCCACAGAUUCCAGGUUCUACCUCAAAUGGCAGUCCUCCUGACGAUGCAGCGGCUGUCACUAGUACCUAAGUCAGAGGCUGUGUUUGGUGAUGCGUGUUGGUUGGGUCUAGUGUGUCAGUGUCCUGUAAAUAUAUGUGUGUGCCUGUACUACACUAAUAUAUAUACGUUGUUAUGAAUAAAUGAGAGUUUGAAAAA